UCUCUUUUCGGGAUGAUCAGUUCCUUUCUUUUUCCCUUCGGCAUUCUGCAUUUUUCCCAUUUGUCUUUCCACGUUCCAUCACUUCAUAAAUCUCUGUGACUCACGGAGAUUGGUAGAGGUUUAUCAUUCAGUUAUUGGCAUUCAUUUUUCUCAUCUUCUUCCCCAUCUCUCUCUCUCUCUCUCUCUCUCUCUCUCUGAAAUGGGGUGUAGUCACAGUUUCAUUUCCAGACGUAAACUUUGCUGUUAUGCCAUUUCUCUUCUCUUUCUCUUUUCGAGCUUCACCCAGCUGAGACUCAUGGCCGAAGGUAGAGCAAUUUCCGCACCGUUUUCCCAGACAGUAAGAGACGAUAAGGCAACUUUGAGAGCUCAGAUAGGAUCGAGGCCUCCAAGGUGCGAGAGACGGUGCAGCUCAUGUGGGCACUGUGAGGCUAUUCAGGUCCCUGCAAAUCCUCAAGAGCAAAAUGGGCACAGAAACUUCACCAGUCUCUCAAAUAUUGCAUAUGCAAGAGGCGCUGACAAUUCAAACUACAAGCCCAUGAGUUGGAAAUGCAAAUGUGGGAACUUCAUCUUCAACCCUUGACCAAUUUUUACAUGCAGUUUUUAGGCGAAGAAGAUACCUAUUUUUGAACCCUGUAAAUGAAUGAUAGUCAAGAUAGGUAUAAUAUUAUUGUUAUUUUUUUUUUUUCGGUGCAUCAUGUUUAAUUU